GUUCGCAUCACGGCGUUCACAUUCAUGCACUUUUGACACUUUCAGCGCGUUAAUAAACUUUUAGUGGACGUGAUUGACAGCGCGCGCGUCUGCGAUCUUUUCAUACCGAGCAACUGCUUUGAACACAACGUUCUGUGUUCCAUACGUCUUUCGCUUGUGUCCUAUGAGUCUUCUGCGGAAAUAAAUAUUAGAUUGUCGAAAACAACGACGUGCGGUCGUCAGAACAUAUCAAUACAACAGCAGCAUGAAUUCAGCUAUAUUGCCUCCUUCACCAAACUGGUAUUUGAGCAAUAUUCUUGCUUUCUCGAGACAUAAAACUUUAGCAUGGGGUGCCAAGAAUUGUAUUGUUAUUGCCAAACAAAAAGAGGAUGAUCUAGCUUUGAAGUUCUAUAUAAUUCAGGAUGCUCAUGUAGACAGAGUAACUGCAUUGGCAUUUUGUCCUAAAUUUGAACUAGAUAGUUCUGAAUUAAUAAUUUCUUGUGGCGAUGAUGAUAAAGCAAAGAUCUGGAAUAUAGAUAAAUUAGAACUGAUCACAGCAUUCUCUUUUGGUGAUAAUAAACCGAUUGUGGGAGUUGAUUGGUCAGUUAAAGAUAACAAUCUUGCAUGUGCAGUAAAUUCACAAGGUUAUCUAUUGUCUUGUAACACACAUUAUCAAACUGCCAAGAAGAUAUCUCUAGGUAAGCUAACAGCUACCUGUCUGGCUUGUUGCCCUCAUGAGGCAGGUCUUGUGGCAGUAGGUUCAAAAUGUGGACUAAUUUAUAUUGUUGAUCUUAAUAAUAAUGGAUCGAUAUUGUAUAAACUGAGAGGACACGACGAAGAAGUAGUUAGUUUAUCUUGGUGUCCUUCAGACAUCAAUGUAUUUUCUACAGACUGCACAAGAGAUCUUCUUUUAGCUUCAGGUGCUAAGGACAAGUUUGUGUUUAUUUGGAAAGCUGGUAAAAAUGGUAGAUGUGAGUCCAUAAUAAAUUUACCAAAGCUACCAAUCAUCUCUCAGUCAUAUGUGUCUCAGCCACAUAAGAGCAAACUCGGUACUACAAGUGGGGCUUGGACUACAGUGUGUUGGGCAGAGCCAAAAGUGCUUUUAACUAGUUCUGUCUGGGGUGAACUUCUUUCUUGGGAUCUUUCUGUGAACAAAGACAAAAAAGUAAAGCAGUAUGAAUUGCUUCAUACAUAUCAUAACAGAGGACUGUUUUGCAUAGCCACUAUACCUAAAUAUAAUGAAAUAUCCAACAAUUGGAGACAAAGUUCUGAACUCACAAUUUGGACGUUAGCACAAGAUCGUUGGGUCAUAUGUUGUAGUAAGCGAGAAAACAAAUCUGUUGAAUUGAAAUAUAAGAUACCUACGCAGGGAGGAUACAUUUAUUGCGUAGCGGCUUGUCCCAUAGAUACUUCACGUAUCGCAUUUGGUACGGGAGAUAUGAUGCUUCGUUUAUGGAACUUGUCUGAGCCUCAUGUAACAACUUUUGAUGUCACCAUGUUUUGGCAGAAAAUAAAAGGAAAGCUGAGAGUGAUAUCGUGGCAGCCUCAGAGCGAACGUUUAUUAGCCUUUGGUACUUCAGAGGGUCGUGUUGGUGUAAUCGACAUAUUGAAGAAUGUACCUAUAUUAUUUAAGCAAUACCAUAGAAAGGUCAUUUAUAAGCUUGAAUGGGGAUCCGUGCCAAACAAAGAUGAUUUAGGUGUGUUUUCCUGUUCAGAAGGAGAACUGGUAGUCUAUGAUGUAAAAAAUCCAAACAAAGAACCUAUGUCCAUAAUAACGGAAGAAUGCACGGAAUUUUCGUGGAAGCCCGACAAUUUGAUACUCGCGAUCGCACUAGAAAAUGGGCGGAUUUUAUUCUAUGAUCGAUGCUUUAAGAAAUGUGGUAAUAUAAUAUAUCUAUCGAAAAAAACAGUAAAUUGCUUAGUGUGGCAUCCCGAAAGUACAGCGGUGGAUACGUGGAAUUCGCCGAUGAAAGACUAUUUGGCGGUUGCUUCUGACUCGUCCAGCAUAUUGAUUUACGAUGUCUCAGAUCUCAGAAAAGAAUUAGAAAUUCAAGAGAAAAUGACCGAUGUUACGAAGGAUCAGCAACGCAAUAUGCACAAACUGGUAACAACUUUAAACGGACACUACGAUAAAGUGGUAUGUUUAGCUUGGAGUCCACAUGUCACAGGAUACUUAGUGUCCGGCAGUUACGAUUAUACUGCACAGGUGUGGAAUGUUGAAAAACAAGAGUUGAUGGGCACGUACGUGGGACAUAGUGGUCCUGUUUUGUGCUGCAUGUGGAGUCCACUCAAGCCACAAUUAAUCAUCACUGGUUCAUCGGACUUCAUGCUAAGUAUAUGGGAUUAUACAUUACCGGAGCAAUCGCCGAGAUCAUUUUCGGAGGAUAAAAAGAAAAAACAUAAACAUAAGACGCAAAAAUACAAAAUAGAAGAUGUUAAAAUAGCUAAUUUGGAAGUACAUAAUGAACCGACCACGAGUAAUUCGACGAAUCCCGCUGAUCAUUCCACUGACUCUGCGAUUGAAAUAGUUGAAACAAAAUCUCAACCAGAAUUGGUUAAAGAUAUAGGAAAGAAAAAAGAUAAAAAAUCAUCAUACUUCUCAUUGUAUAAUAAAACAAUGAAUGAAAAAUAUGCUAUUCUGAAUUGCAUUAAAAACGACAUUAAAAAAAAUCAAGAGCAAGAUUCCGAAUUGGAAAAUGGAGAAAACGAUCGUAAUGCUGCUUUAUCAUUAUUUUCUGAAAAGGAAGAUCUUCAAAUAAUAAUUGCUAAAGAAAAAUUAGCAUUCACACACAUGAAACACAAAAAUGAAACCGUGACUGAAAUGGAAAUGUGGUGUGACGGUUUACGAGAAAACUUAGAAUGCGCAAUCAAGGAGAAACGACUGAAUGACUUUUUAGUAUCCCUCUCAACCAGCCUUUCUGUAAAGACGUGGAGAGAAACAUGCGAAGCAUAUGCGCAUCAAUUAAUAAUGGAAGGCAAUGUAGAAAAAGCAGUAUCGUAUUUGCUUUGUAUACAUAAAAAUUACGAAGCUAUAAAAGCGUUCUUAGACGUUCGAAUGUACAAGGAAGCGUAUGUACUCGCCAGAUUUAAACUUGCUGAUAAUGAUCCGACUUUAGCAGUGAUAUUGCAAUCUUGGGCAAAUUACGCUACUACUACCGGUCAGCUGGAACAAGCAGCACACUGUUAUGUAAAAUUAGGUGAACUCACCAAAGCAGCCAAACUUCUCAGCCGACGAAAAGAUCCAGAACCUUUAGAAAUAGCAUCUCAAUUAGCAUUCAUGUCCGGCGAUGUGGAAUUCAGUAUGCCUUUAGCUGAAGAUGCGAUGAUGCGUGCUCUCAUGAAGUUAAAUUACUCGAAGGCACGUUCCAUUAUUAAGAAUAUUCAGGAGUUACAGCAUCUAGAGAUAUAUAUAGACGCUUACGAGUUAAUUACAUCCGUGUACAAGAAAGAAAAUGGUUGCGACCUAAUGCAGAAGUGGGUAGGAGGAGAAUCGAACCAUGGAGUGCUGCAAGAUCUUAAAGAAAAACACAAUCUCUCUUGUUACGAUGCUUUACAGCGCAGCGAUGCUUUCCUCACCCGUGCUACUACGGAUAGCAGUUGUGAAACGGAGCAACUUUUGCAUGUUAGUUAUCACAUCGCUUUGGCGGCCACGUCCGAAGCAAAAGAGACUCAGUUGAGACACAUUGUGACAGCAUUAGACUACGUGCUUCAAUAUAAGAUAGAGAAGACAAAUAAAAUCAAAUAUACGGAUCUCUUUAUCCACAUCCUCAUAACAUUAGAUCUAAAAAAACCAAUAGAUGAGGACAGUAUUUAUGCGAAGAGCAAUUAUCCUAUAUCGAAAAGUAUACGCGCUUAUCUAUGUGUCGGUUUAUUGUGUUGGGUGACGACUUAUAUGGAACAUCUGUCAAUCGAUGAAGACAGUCUAUUUUUAGGAUUAAUAGGUCCAUUAAUGGAAGAUGCCUGCGGGAAAGAAAUAAGAAAACAUAUGGAACGCAUUUCCCAAAUCGAACAACUGGAAAACAGAGUUAAAGAUUUUUUGCUUAACAAAGCGAAUGAUACUUCGACUACAGAAGAGGAUGAAUUGUACGAGUCAUAUGAGAGUAUGAAACUUGAAGAGAAAAGUUUUAUUGAAGAAAGAGUUAGCGUGCCGGAUCCUAAUAUCGUUUAUAAUCUUAUUAAGGAAUUAUGUCCACGAUGUAAUAAAUACGACCGAAAGCGAUUUUCAGAACUGGAAAUUCUGUAUAGUAAAUUUCUGUAAAUUUAUAAAAAAACAUGUAUUAAAACGGAAACAGAGGAAGAAGAGAUAAAACUGGAUGCAUAUUUUUCACAAUAAACGGUGAAAAGUA